CGUCGGUGUCUUGAGUGGGUACGCCGACUGUACGCCCUUUCCCUGCAAUAUCUGAGCUCGUCUGAAAAUGUUACGAACGCUAUUCACAUGACUGCGAAUGGCACGAUUUGCUUUUCUUCUGCAACAUGGUCCUUCCCGUCCUGUCAAUGCAACUCGCGGGCAGGUUCCCUAGAUGCGCAAUAUCUUUCAGCCUUUAUGUUAUUUUUCGACACGACGGUCAACGAGCGGACGAAAUGCAAGUGCUUUUUGCGGGAAGGGGACGGACACAAAAGUCAGGGACUGGCACGAACAUCUUAGGAUGGGAAUCGGGAACGCUUUGGUUUCUUAGGCUUCGCCCAUCAGGUGCGACAGUCUUCCUCCCUUAUUUUCUGCAUGCGGGUGCUCCUUCUCUUCAUUUUUGGUUCUUUCUGCGCAUGAGGGUGUGGUCACGGGGAUCGGUUCAAACAGGAGGCUUACUUCGUGUAUGGUCUGAAAUGUUCUGGAGGCGGUGGUGUGGUGUGCGGGUACCUCAGUGUGGACCGCAAGCAGAACGAUGGGCGGAGACCUGGCCAGAUGCGCGCGGGGAUGUCUAAGGCAUGGCAUGGUGCGGACAGUGGUGUGGGCAGUACCGAUCUGGUCACGUCCUAUCGUGUC